GAAGAGGCUGUCUUUAUUCCAUUGGAUAUUCUUUGUCAAAGAUAAGUUGGCCAGAGGUUUGUGGGUCCGUUUCUGGGUUGUCUCUUCUGUUCCACAGAUCUUAAUGUCUGUUUUUGUGCUGUUACUGAUCCAUUCGUAUGCCUCAGACGUUCGUUUGGAAAACAUUCUGAAGUGUGAACCUGGGCUAAGUGAACCUUUCCUUUAAAUCUUUAGGCUCACCAUGGAUGAAGCUGUGCCAGGCCCCGCACCUGAAGGUGCAGACAGCCGUGUGACAGUGAAGGAGGAGGACUCCCCCUGGGAGCAGGCGUGCAGCUCUUGGGAAAGCAGCUGCCACGCUCAGGAGCUGUGCCGCCUGCGCUUCCGGCAGUUCUCCUACCGGGAUGUGACUGGGCCCCGCCAGGCUCUGGCCCAACUCCACGAACUCUGCCGCCAGUGGCUGCGGCCCGAGACGCACAGCAAGGAGCAGAUCCUGGAGCUGCUGGUGCUGGAGCAGUUCCUGACCGUCCUGCCCGCCGAGCUCCAGGCCUGGGUGCGGGAGCACCACCCGGAGAGCGGGGACGAGGUGGUGAUGGCGCUGGAGGGUCUGGAGAAGGACACAGGACAGCAGGCUUCUGUCUAUACUCGGGGACAGGACAUGCACUCACUGGUGACAGAGUAUCAGGGAGCCUCUUCAGAAUGUCAGAGCCUCCAGCUCCUGCCCAGGGUAACUACCUUGAAGUGUGAACCUCCAGAGCUCUGCCAGGAGAAGCCCGGAGAAGUGAGUGCUGAAGAAGCUGUAAGUAAAGAUGGAUUGUUUAAUGCAAAGCAAGAAACUUUUGAAGAAAUACAGCAAGGUGCUGAGGCCUCAGGAGCACCCAACAGAGAUUGUGUGCCCCAGCCACCUGGUACCUCUGUCUGUACUGACAGGACAGUUGUACAUAUGAACACCCUGAAGGACCGUCACCCAGGUGACUUGUGGGCCCGAAUGCACAUCUCCUCCUUGGAAUACGCUGCAGGAGACAUUACCCGAAAAGGGAGAAAAAAGGAUAAAGCUCGAGUGAGUGAACUGCUCCAAGGUCUUGCAUUUUCUGGUGACUCAGAUGUAGAAGAAGAGAACAAGCCUGAGGCCCACCCUGCUCCAAAAAGGCUAAAGAUAUCAAACGUCCCAGAGAAGAACUGGACCAAAAGAGACCUUAAACCCAACUUUCCAAGCUGGUCAGCACUGGAUUCUGGACUUUUGAAUCUCAAAAGUGAAAAGUUGAACCCAGUAGAACUCUUUGAAUUAUUUUUUGAUGACGAAACAUUCAGCUUGAUUGUCAAUGAAACCAAUAAUUAUGCAUCUCAGAAAAAUGUCAACUUGGAAGUCACAGUUCAGGAAAUAAGGUGUCUGUUUGGGAUCUUGCUUUUGAGUGGAUUUGUGAGGCGUCCCAGAAGGGGAAUGUAUUGGGAAAUCUCUGAUACCGAUCAGAACCUAGUCAAGGAUGCAAUUAGAAGGGACAGAUUUGAAUUGAUUUUCUCAUACCUACAUUUUGCAGAUAACCACCACCUAGAUCAAAAAGAUAAGUUUACAAAGUUGAGGCCUCUCAUAAAGCAAAUGAAUAGAAAUUUCCUCCUCUAUGCUCCCCUUGAAGAACACUAUUAUUUUGAUAAGACAAUGUGUGAAUGCUUUGAUAGUGACCAAUUCCUGAAUGGGAAACCUAUUAGAAUUGGCUAUAAAAUUUGGUGUGGCACAACCACACAGGGUUAUCUGGUUUGGUUUGAGCCCCAUCAAGAAGAAUCAUCUGUGAUGGUGGAUAAGGAUCUUAACCUUGGUUUAGGUGGAAAUCUAGUGAUGCAUUUUGCUGAUGUCCUUUUAGAGAGAGGCCAAUAUCCCUAUCACCUGUGUUUUGAUAGCUUCUUUACAAGUGUCAAAUUGGUGUCAGCCUUGAAGAAGAAAGGAGUGAGGGCAACAGGAACAAUUCGUGAGAACAGGACUGAAAAAUGUCCCCUUAUGAAUGUAGAACAUAUGAAAAAAAUGAAGAAGGGGUAUUUCGAUUUCCAAGUCGAAGAAAAUGAGGAGAUAAUUUUGUGUCGUUGGCAUGGAGAUGGCAUCAUCAGUCUGUGCUCCAAUGCCGUAGGCAUAGAACCGGCCAGUGAGCUAAGUUGUUGUGCCGACGAUGAGGAGAUCCAUCAGAUAGCUCAACCGUCUAUAGUGAAAUUGUAUGAUGAAUGCAAGGAAGGUGUAGCUAAAAUGGAUGAAAUCAUUUCCAAAUACAGGGUGAGAAUAAGAAGCAAAAAAUGGUACUCAAUUUUAGUGAGCUACAUAAUUGACAUAGCCAUGAACAAUGCAUGGCAGCUACACAGAGCCUGUAACCCAGAUACCUCUCUAGACCUCUUGGAUUUUCGGAGAUAUGUUGCACAUUUCUACUUGGAGAACAAUGCUAAUCUAUCAGAUUAAGGCAGAUAAAAUGAGCAUAAUGCUAGUAUUAACAAGAUAAAAUCACAGGUAUAUAUCAGAUUGUACCCUUCCAAAGCAAACCUGAUGUAAUGAAAUUAACAUUUUAAAAAGUCGUAUCUAUGACCUAUGUAAAGUUUCAAAGAAGUAAUUUAAAAAAUUGUACUGAGUGCUACACCUUUUUCUAUGACUAAUUUUCGUGUGAAACGUGGGAAAUAACUUGGAUUAAUUUGUGCAUCGAAAGGAGGAAAUUGUGUCUCUUUAUUUCUUUGUGGAGGUUUUAUUUGUUUUUGUUUUUGUUUUUUUUUAAUUCAGGCAAUGCCAUAAUAACCAAAGACUGAUGCUGAAUCUACAAUUGAAAAAUUAAGGUGGGGCUCAUGAUGUACAGAUGAUCUUAAAACCUUAGGUGAUAAGAGGCUGAAGACCUCAGCUUUACUAUAAAACUGGAUCAGAUGGUGCAUAGGAGAGAAGGACCAGGCAAGCAUGCUGAAGAAGAGUGCUACAGAGGAAAAACGAAGUGAAGCAGUGCCUUUGAAAACUGAGAAAAAUGAUGAAAUAUGAAGCAAGUCAGGUAACGACAGCACCAUCAGGAAAAGAAGUUAGGAGUAAAGCUGACAUAAAGCCCCUGCUAAAAUCAGUUGAAAACAUAUGUGCCAAUAAACUGCACAACUUAGAAGAAAUGGACAAAUUCCUAGAAACCUAGCCUCCCAAAGCAAAAGAAUAGAAAAUUUGAACAGACCAGUCACCAGAAAUGAAAUUGAAUAAGUAAUCAAAAAACUCCCAGAAAACAAAAGUCCAGGGCCACACAGCUUCACAGGAAAGUUCUUCACAGGAAAAUUCUACCAGACAUUUAAAGAAGAAUACCCACUCUUCCCAAAAUAUUCCAAAAAUAGAAUAGGAAGAAAACUUCCAAAUUAAUUUUAUGAGGCCAGCAUUACCCUGAUGCCAAAACCAGAUAAAGACACCACCAAAAAAACAAAAAACAAAAAAACAAAAAAAAAAAAAACAAAAAAAAACUAAGGGCCAAUAUCUGAUGAACACAGACACAAAAAUCCUCAAGAAAAUAUUAGCAAACUGAAUCCAACAGAUUUUAAAAAAUCAUACACUACUAUCAAGCAGGAUUAAUUCCCAGGAUGCAAGUGUGGUUAAGUAUUCACAAAACAAUGUGAUACAUCACAUUAAUAAAAGAAAGGAUAAAAACAAGGUGACUGUUUCAAUAGAUGUAGACAAAGCAUUUGACAAAGUACAUUGAUUCAUGAUAACCCUCUGCAAAGCAGGUCUAGAGGGAAUCUAUCUCAGCAUAAUUAAGGCCUUAUACGAAAAAUCCAUAGCCAACAUAAUGUGAAAAACAGAGCUUUUCUCCUCAGAUCAGGAGCAAGACAAGGAGGUCUGCUAUCACCCCUUUUAUUCAAAAUAGCACUGAGAAGUCCUAGCCAGAACAACUAGAUGACAUAAAUAAGAGGUAUCCAUGGUAUCCAUAUUGGUAAGGAAGUAGUAAAACACUCACUGUUUGCACAGGACAUGACACUAUAUAUAGAAAACCCUAAAGACUCCACCAAAACCUACUAGAACUGAUAAUAUGUAAGGAAGCAAUAUACAAAAAAUCAAUACACAGAAAUCUGCAUUUCUAUACACUUACAAUGAGCUAGCAGAAAGAAAUAGUCCUAUUUACAGUUGCACCAAAAAUAGUACGUAGGUAACAAAUUUAACCAAGGAAGUGAACGACCUGUACUCUGCAAAUUAUAGAACAUUGAUGAAAGAAAUUGAAGACUACACAAAUGGAAGAUAUUCCAUGCUCAUGGGUUGGAAGAACAAAUACUGUUAAAACAUCUAUAAAUAUCCAAAGCAAUCUAUAGAUUUCAUGCAAUCCUUACCAAGAUAUGAAUAGCAUUUUCCAGAACUAGAAAAAAACCCCUAAGAUUUUCUAAAUAAAAGACCUCAAAUAGCUAAAGCAAUCUAAGGAAUCUACUCCUGAAAUCACUGUUGUGAUAUACGCUAAGUUGGAUGUAAAUUUUUUACAAAUUAAAAAAAUUAAAUUUUAUUUUGGGGAUGCCUGGCUGGCUUAGGUUGAUAGAGCAUAUUGCUCUUGAUCUUGGAGCUGUGAGUUCAAGCCCCGUGUUGGGUGUAGACAUUACUUAAAUAUUUUUAAAGGUUUUCUUUUCAUUUUAUUAUUUUAUAGUGAGAGUGUGCAUGAAAGAAGGGCAGAGGGAGAGAGAGAAUCUCAAGCAGGCUCCACACUUAGUGCAGAACCCAAUGUGGGGCUUGAUCCCACAACCGUGGAGUCCUAACCUGAGCCUAAAUCACGAGUAGGGUACUUGGGGUGCCUGGGUGGCUCAGUCAGUUGAGCAUCUGACUUCGGCUCAGGUCAUGAUCUCAUGGUUUGUGAGUUCAGGCCCCGCAUCUGGCUCUGCUGACAGCUCAGAGCCUGGAGCCUGCUUUGGAUUCUGUGUCUCCCUCUCUCUCUGCCCCUCCCCCACACGUGCUCUGUCUCUGCCUCUCAAAAAUAAAAUUAAAAAAAAAUUUUUUUUAAAGAUUAGGGUACUCAACCAGCUGAGCCACCCAGGUGCCCCAUGAUUUUAUUUUAAAGUAACCUCUACACCCAAUGUGGAGCUCAAACUCACAAUCAAGAGCCAUAUACUCUACCAACUGAGCCAGCCAGGUGCCCCUGGAGGACCAUACACAAAAAUAAACUAAAAAAUGGAUUAAAGACCUAAACGUGAGACCUAAAACCCUAAAAAUCUUCAAGGAGCACACAGGCAGUAAUUUCUCGGACACUGACCAUAGCAGCAUUGUUCUCCAGAGCAAGGGAAAUAAAAGCAAAAACAAACUAUUGGGACUACAUCAAAAUUAAAAGCUUCGGCACAGCAAAGAAAACAAAACUUAAAGGCAACCUACUAAAUUGGAGAAGAUACUUGCAAAUGACCUAUCCAAAAUAUAUAAAGAACUUCUACAACUCAAGACCAACAAAACAAAUACUCUAAUAAGCAGAAGACCAAAAACACCAUGAAACAGAAACAGAAGGCAUGAACAGGCAUUUCUCCAAAAAAGACAUCGAGAUGGUCAACAGUCACAUGAAAAGAGGCUCAAUGUCACUCACCAUCAGGGAAAUGCAAAUCAAAAGUACAAUGGGGUAUCACCUAACAUCUUUCAAAAUGGUUAAAAUUAACAAGAAAUUAACACAAAAAAUAAGCGUCCUUGCCGAAGUGGAGAAAAAAGAACCCUCUUGCGCUGUUGCUGGGAAUGCAAGUUGGUGCAGCCAUUAUGAAAAACAAGCACGGUGGUUCCUCAAAAUAUUAAAAACAGAAUUGCCCUAUGAUUCAAGGAUUGCACUAUGGGGUAUUUACCCCCCAAAUACAAGAACACUAACUCAAAGGGAUAGGUGUUAAAAUACAGAUUGUUACAAGAAGAAAGGACACUAUAUAAUCAUAAUCACCAAAACAGAGAAGCUAGUAACAAACAUAAAGGAAGUAGCCAUAGUAAUAUACUAAUAGGGGACUUUAUUACUCCCUAUACACUAAUGGAUCAUCCAAACAGAACAUCAAGGAAAAAGUGGCUUUGAACAACACAUUGGAUCAGAUGGAUCUAACAAAUACAUUUACAACAUUCCAUCCUAAAACAGCAGAAUGCACUUAUUCUCAAGUGCACACAGAACACUAUUCGAAAUAGAUCACAAAUUUCAACAAAUUCAAAUAGACCAAAGUCAUACUAUGCAUUUCCUGCACCCCCAUCACAAUGCUGAGGAACUAGAAAUCAAACCAUGAAAAAAAUCUGGAAAGAACACCUAUAAAAGAAGGUUAAAUAACAUGCUACUAAACAAUGAAUGGGUCACACAAGCAAUCAUGGAGGAAAUUUUUUUUAAAAGCAUGGAAACAAAUGAAAAUGAAAACAUUUAGGACAAAAAUCUUUGAAAUGCACAAGCGGUUUGUUUAUAGCAAUACAAGCCUACAACAAAAAGUAAAAUCUCAAAAACCAUUUAACCUUACACCUAAGGAAGCCAGAAGAAGAAGAAGAAGAAAAAAAAAGCAAGCCAAUUCCAACAUCAGUAGAAGAAAGGUAAAGAUUACAGCAGGGGCACCUAGGUGGCUCAGUGGGCUAGGCAUCCGACUCGAUCUCAGCUCAGGGACUGAUCGCAGGGUUGUGAGUUCAGGCCCUGUAUUGGGCUCUGCACUGAACAUGAAGACUACUUAAUAAAAAAAAAUUAAAACUAUAAAAAAAAAACCAAAACAGAUCAAUGAAACCAGGAGAUGGUUUCUUUGAAAUGAUCAACAAAAAUUGAUAAAUCUUAAACCAGACUCCUAAAAUGACUCAAACACAAUCGGAAAAAAGAUAGCUGACACCCGAUACCACAGUAAUACAAAGGAUUAAGAGAAUAUGAUGAAAAAUUACAUGCCAAGUUGGACAACCUAGAAGAAAUGCAUGAACU